AUGAGCUUUGGCAAGAUGGAGGGCGACGCUUCGGACAAGAACAUCGGCUUCAUGCUGCAAGACGACGUCGCCGACGGCCCCUACUACCGGCAGGAGUGGGAGGGCAUGAAGCAGACCACCCCGAUCAUCUCGGGUGGCAUGAACGCCUUGCGGCUGCCUGCGUUCUUCGAGAACCUGGGCCACUCGAACGUUAUCCUGACGGCCGGCGGCGGGGCCUUCGGGCACAAGGAUGGGCCGAAGCAGGGCGCUAUCUCGUGCGCCCAGGGCGAGGAGUCGUGGAAGUUGUGGAAGGCAGGCACCUACGGCGACGUGAGCCUGUCGGACGGCGUCGUCGAGUACGCGAAGACGCACGAGGAGCUCAAGGGCGCGUUCUUGACGUUCCAGAAGGAUGCGGACCAGAUCUACCCAGGCUGGAAGGAGAAGCUCGGCUACACGGGCGAGUCCUCCGUCCAGGCGGCCAGCUUCAAUUGGCAGAAGAAGGAGUUGGCCGCGGCGUUCGUUGGCGCCAGCAAGGCUCGCACAGCGAGCUCUGUGACCCGCCGGGCCCUGGACCAGUCGAGCCGCUACGCGGACCUCUCGCUGACGGAGGAGGACCUGAUCAAGAACGGCCAGCACGUGCUGGUGGCCUACAUCAUGAAGCCCAAGGCGGGCUACGACUACCUGGCCACUGCGGCGCACUUCGCGGCGGAGUCCUCUACGGGCACGAACGUGAACGUGUGCACCACCGAUGACUUCACUAAAACUGUGGAUGCUCUCGUGUACUACAUCGAUCCUGAGAACGAGGAGAUGAAGAUCGCCUACCCGACGGCUUUGUUCGAUCGCAACAUCACUGAUGGCCGCGCUAUGAUGUGUUCCGUGCUGACCUUGAGCAUCGGGAACAACCAGGGUAUGGGCGACGUCGACUACGGGAAGAUCUAUGAUAUUUACUUUCCGCCGCAGUACCUGCGCCUGUUCGACGGGCCGUCGUGCUGCGUGAUCGACAUGUGGCGCAUCCUGGGCCGCGGCACGGUCGGCGGUGGCCUGGUGGUCGGCACAAUUAUCAAGCCCAAGCUGGGCUUGCAGCCGAAGCCCUUCGGCCAGGCGUGCUAUGGCUUCUGGCAGGGCGGCGACUUCAUCAAGAACGAUGAGCCGCAGGGCAACCAGACGUUCUGCCAGAUGAACGAAUGCAUCCCCGAAGUCGUGAAGGCCAUGCGCGCGGCACAGGAGGAAACGGGCCAGGGCAAGUUGUUCUCCGCCAACAUUACGGCGGAUGACCCGAACGAGAUGAUCGCACGUGCCAAGUACAUCUUGAACCAGAUGGGCCCGAUGGCAGAGAAUUGCGCCUUCUUGGUCGACGGCUACGUGGCUGGCGGCACUGCGGUGACCGUUGCGCGCCGCAACUUCCCGAAGCAAUUCCUGCACUACCACCGCGCCGGCCACGGCGCAGUGACCAGCCCGCAGACGCAGCGCGGGUACACCGCCUUCGUGCACACCAAGUUGUCGCGCGUCAUCGGUGCCAGCGGCAUCCACACGGGCACGAUGAGCUUUGGCAAGAUGGAGGGCGACGCUUCGGACAAGAACAUCGGCUUCAUGCUGCAAGAUGACGUCGCCGACGGCCCCUACUACCGCCAGGAGUGGGAGGGCAUGAAGCAGACCACCCCGAUCAUCUCGGGUGGCAUGAACGCCUUGCGGCUGCCUGCGUUCUUCGAGAACCUGGGCCACUCGAACGUUAUCCUGACGGCCGGCGGCGGGGCCUUCGGGCACAAGGAUGGGCCGAAGCAGGGCGCUAUCUCGUGCGCCCAGGGCGAGGAGUCGUGGAAGUUGUGGAAGGCAGGCACCUACGGCGACGUGAGCCUGUCGGACGGCGUCGUCGAGUACGCGAAGACGCACGAGGAGCUCAAGGGCGCGUUCUUGACGUUCCAGAAGGAUGCGGACCAGAUCUACCCAGGCUGGAAGGAGAAGCUCGGCUACACGGGCGAGUCCUCCGUCCAGGCGGCCAGCUUCAAUUGGCAGAAGAAGGAGUUGAGCUGA